UCUUCACUGGAAGCAAGUAUCUUUCAAUAUGAAUUCAAAUUUACAGGUUAUAGCAAAAAUGAAGAGCAAGCACAUGGCAGGAACAUUCACCAAAAAGAAGAAAUGUAUAGUCACCGGAGUCUGCAGUGAUGUCCAAGCUUGGCCGGGAAGAGAGAAAGAAGACUUAAUAGAAAAGAGGGCAUAUUUCGGAAUUAAAACUGCAGAAAGGAUAAUAGAGUUUGAAUGUGAGAGUAAAAGAGACAAACAGUUCUGGCUUGAUGGGAUUCAAUAUAUGUUUAAUUGCCGUGCCAAAGCGGCAUAAAUAUAAAUAGAAAAUAAGAAAAAAUAAAAUGGCUGAUAUGGGGUUGCUUUUUCUACUUCUCUUUUACUUUUACUUUGUGAGAUGCUUAUAAAGAUGUACAUUUAAUAGAAUAACCGUAGGAUUUCACCAAAAAUAUUGAUAGAGUACAAUGAUUUCAAUGAAGAGGCAUAUGAUC